AUGGACGCGCUCAAGUCCGCCGGGAGGGCGCUGAUCCGGAGCCCCAGCCUCGCCAAGCAGAGCUGGGGGGGCGGCGGCCGGCACCGGAAGCUGCCUGAGAACUGGACGGACACCCGGGAGACGCUGCUCGAGGGGAUGCUCUUCAGCCUCAAGUACCUGGGCAUGACGCUGGUGGAGCAGCCCAAGGGCGAGGAGAUGUCCGCGGCCGCCGUCAAGAGGAUCGUGGCCACGGCCAAGGCCAGCGGGAAGAAGCUGCAGAAGGUGACUCUCAAGGUGUCCCCACGGGGGAUCAUCCUGACCGACGGCAUCACCAACCAGCUCAUUGAGAACGUGUCCAUUUACAGGAUCUCCUACUGCACAGCAGACAAGAUGCACGGCAAAGUGUUUGCCUACAUCGCCCAGAGCCAGCACAACGAGAAUCUCGAGUGCCACGCCUUCCUCUGCACCAAGCGGAAAAUGGCUCAGGCUGUCACCCUCACCGUAGCCCAGGCCUUCAAAGUUGCCUUUGAGUUUUGGCAGGUGUCCAAGGAAGAGAAGGAGAAGAGGGAGAAAGCCAGCCAAGAGGGAGGGGACGGCCUGGGCGGGGGCCGCGGCGGCAGCACCCCCUCACUGAAGAACCUGGUCGCCACUGGAAACCUGCUGGACUUGGAAGAGAUGGCCAAGGCCCCGCUGUCCACAGUCAGCGCUAACACCGCUAACGUCGACGAGGCCCCGAGGCCUCCAGCCCUGAGUAGCAGCAGUGUCGUCUGGGAGCUGGAUGACGACCUGGAUGAAGCAUUUUCAAGGCUCGCCCAGUCCCGGACGAACCCCCAGGUCCUGGACACCGGCCUGACGGCCCAGGACAUCCACUACGCCCAGUGCCUCUCGCCCGUCGACUGGGACCAGCCCGACAGCGGCAGCCCCAAGCAGGAGGACCUCUUCAGCUUCUGA